AUGCUUCAAAGUCAAUAUGAAGUGCUAACAUUCCGCUAUUUCAACGGGAAACCCGAAAGUUCUGUUUUGGGUUUUGCUAAUUUCAAGAUCAUAAGCAAGGUCAUCGUGUUAUUCCUGUUUUGGAUACACAAUCCUCUUUUCCUUUGUCACUGUCCUUUACUUGGACCUUAUCCACACAUCGCGGGAGAACCCGGAUGCCGCAUUCUGAAGUAUUCGAUAGGACAGAAGGAGAGUGAUAAGCCUGCUCGCUAUAAGUACGCUGAGGAGCCAGGGGCAAUCAGAGCCGCGAGAGAGAUGUCCAAGUCCGCCGCCGUCCUCUGCCUGCUGGUCGCUGCCUGCAGCGCCGCGCCCUCCACCAGGCACCGUAGGCUCACACCUGUCCUCGACGGCCGCAUCGUGGGCGGUGAGCCGGUGGACAUCUCGCAGUUCCCCUGGCAGGUCUCGCUGCAGGUUUACGAAUCUCAUCAUUGCGGUGGCUCCAUCAUCAGCUCCACGUGGGUCCUGUCGGCAGCGCACUGCCUCAACCGUUUAUACGCAAGCAUGCUGUCCGUGCGAGUUGGUACCUCAACUCGCGGAAGCGGCGGAUCCGUCUAUGACGUUGCCACCAUGAUUGCACACGAAUAUCACUGGCCCACCACACAAGACUACGACUUUGCACUCCUUGAGCUUUCCGGAUCAAUCUCGUUUGAAAACAACGUCCAGGUGGUCAGCCUCGGCAACUCGGAGCUCGCUGCAGGCACAGCAGUGACCAUUACGGGUUGGGGCGACCUCUCCUAUGGGGGAAACCACACGGAACAGCUACUGGCGGUCACCACGCACAUCGUUGAGCGGAGUGAGUGUAACGCGGCGUACGGCGGGAGGAUCACGGAGCGCAUGAUCUGCGCCGGCGAAAAGGAGGGCGGCAAGGACUCGUGCCAGGGCGACAGCGGCGGACCCCUGGUGGUGGGAUCCACACAGUAUGGAGUUGUCUCUUGGGGCACAGGAUGUGCAUAUCCCGGCUACCCAGAUUUAAUGGAUGACAGAUUAAGGGGCAAGGUCGGCGCACUUGUGCGAAAGUGGCUUUCCCUCGUGUGCAGAGCAGAUAGUGGAACAGAUAUAAGCUCCGCCAGAACUGAUGCGGGAGCCAGCAACAUGCCGAAGGCCGCGAUAGUCGUCGUCGCACUCUGCCUAUCUGCCGCGCUGGCAGCGCCGCCCUCCUUUUCCGCCCCUAGGAGAAGCGUGGGCGGCGGUCAGGGGCGCAUCGUAGGCGGCCACGACGUCGACAUCUCUGAGUACCCAUGGCAGGUGUCGGUGCGCUACUCAUGGUGGCACAACUGCGGUGGCUCCGUCAUCAGUGAUACCUGGGUGCUGACCGCGGCGCACUGCCUCGACGGAUUUCCGCUGUUCGGCCUGUCGGUGCGCGCCGGGUCCUCGACGAGGGGCAGUGGCGGUACUAUCUACAAGGCGGCCGCUAAGCACUUCCACUCCAGCUUCAGCUGGGUCACCAUAGACUACGACAUCGGCCUCAUGCAGACCAAGGAUACGAUUGAGUUUGGUACCAAUGUCCAGCCGGUGGCGCUGGCGACGUCGGAGCCGCUGGUCGGCAGCCAGGUGGACGUGACAGGUUGGGGCGCCCUCAAGGAGGACGGGCUGAGCGCGUGGCAGCUGCAGGCCGUCACCACCACCAUCGUGUCACGCGAGGACUGCAACGCCGCCUACACCACGGAGAUCACGGAGCGCAUGAUCUGCGCCGGCGAGCCCGAGGGCGGCAAGGACGCGUGCCAGGGCGACAGCGGCGGGCCCCUGGUGGCCGGCAACACGCAGUACGGCAUCGUCUCCUUUGGUUCCGGGUGCGCCGACGCUCGCUACCCUGGCGUCUACUCCAACGUUGCCUACCUGCGCUCCUGGAUAACCGAGACCAGUGGCGUUUAGCACGGCACGCUGGAGCUGUUGUAACAAUCUGUGUGUUUCUAUGUAGAUAAAACUGUCUGCACCUAUUUACGUUCCCGUCGCUAAGCGGUUCCAUAUUUCAGCACAGAUAAUCGAAGGUUUUCAUGAAUCCCUGGAGACACAGAACUAAGGUACAGCGUUGAUUAUCACAGCUAACUGAAGACGGGGUGGAGGGCGGGGAGUUCGAUUAACUGUUUUUUUGUGCAAGAGUCAUUUACGAAAAUAUAUUGUACAAGUAUUAAUAUGAAUACCAAAGAAAAAAAUUAAUUAAACACAUGAGUGUACAUACACACUUCUCCAGAAUUCUACCUUCAUGUUCACUGAAGGAUCAACAACUGUGUCCAAUUUUAUUACUUCCUUAUAUUUCUGUAUCAGCUGCACUGAAAAUCUGGAUGAAUGGAAUAUUUACGUUCAUCAUCGAACAAUUACCAGGGUGAUUCCGAAAUUACUAACGAAAUAAUAAUUGCACGUUUAAAGGGAUAUGCAACUAUUCAACUUUGAAGUUCCGUGCCUAUUAAAUCCAUAACUUAAAAAGUGCAAAUGAUAUUUAAUUAAAAACUUCAGAAUCACAAGCUGUAACGUUUGGAUCUAGUCAUCGUUGACGCAAAUUAUUUUUUGUGCGAGUGAGGCAGAAAACUAAUGAAAUAACGUUACGUAUAUUUUGUGUCACAUAUUUUACAUAUGAACCAGAAAUCUGACCAUAUAUACGAGAUUGGAAAGUUACAAAUGAUCUUUAAACCUGUUUAAAUCUCUUAAUGCCAGAUUUUUUUUGUUUCAGUAAGUACCAAUGGGGUCAUAAAGUCCCUAAAUAAUUUAAACGGAGUACAUCAUCUAUUUUAUUGAACUAACAUGAAAACAACAUUACAGCUGUUCAAUACAACAAUCAUAAUUCUAGAAUGAGAUAUUCACUCUGCAGCGGAGUGUGCGCUGAUAUGAAAUCUCCUGGCAGAUUAAAACUGUGCGCCCGACCGAGACGGAGACAUACUGGCAGAAGUAAAGCUGUGAGGACCGGUCGUGAAUCGUGCUUCGGUAGCUCAGAUGGUAGAGCACUUGCCCGCGAAAGGCAAAGGUCCCGAGUUCGAAUCUCGGUCGGGCACACAGUUUUAAUCUGCCAGGAAGUUUCAAUCAUAAUUCUGUUUUCAUAAAUGUUACAUUAAAGAAAGAAACAAACAUUUUAAAUAGCGGUCUUAUGGCUCCAGUGCUAGUGCAGAAGCCUUUGAAUAAAUUUUUGUUCG